AUGGAUCAACAACAUUCCUCCGGCCAUGUAACAAUGCCACGCGACUUUCGCUAUGCCGUCGCGCUCGAAUUCCCCGACAGCAGCGAAGCACCCAAGACGCCCAUAAACCUACUUCCAGAAGAUGUCGACUUUCCCCAAAUUCCUUCGCCUCCCAGACCUCGUCUCAAAGUCAAGAGACGCACUAUUUCGAACCAGCUCGCUGCGUCACAGCAAUUCCUGGCCUCAGUAGCAGCAGCAGACCUUGCCAUCCCCAGCAUCGAAGAGCCAGAAUCAGACCCAGAGGAUUUCACCAUGCGUCCCUUUUCCCCAGAACCCUAUCAAGACUCCCUGUCUUUGCAAAUCCCACGGGCAAGGGCAUAUUCAGACGCAGGACCAAAGACACCGGUACCAACAACCAUGGCGCUACCAACAUUAACACCCUGUCGAUAUCCGGAUUGGACCGUGGGUUCAACCAGCAGCUUCGAGUCAACGCCUGAGGAUGACGACGACAUAAGCAGGCCAUCAACAUCCCAAUCCACCCAGACCAGCGACUCCUUCCCGAGCCAAUGGUCCCACCUCUCCGAAGACGAUGACUCUGACGAAUGUGGCCUUGAAAGUGCCUCCCUCGACGGCAAGGACACUCUACAUUAUCUCGGCACAACAGAUCUUCUUGACUUUGACGAGCCAACAGAGACCCUACAACCAUCAUCCACCACCACCACUCCCAAGGAAGCCAACCUCAAACCCAAUCAACCAAGAAAGAAAGCCCCUUGGACCAAAUCGAUGAAUGACCACCUCUGGUCUUAUUACUCCCUCUACCUGCAAGACCCCAAAGUUACCCCGUUUCGCAUGGGCAAGAAUUGCAUUCCACCGGAAGGCGUGUGCGCGCGGGUAGCCCGCGAAGCCAUUCGCACCUGGCGGGGGUCGAAAGCCCAAAAGAGCGCUGCCGGUGGGAGCGCCGAGGGGGUCGGGACUUUCAUGCGCUGGCCGCACACGCAAGCAGCGACGAGGGCACAGCUAAGGGAGUUAUGCCGUCAAAAGGCGGCAGUGGCAGCUAAGAACCACCGCUUCCUCUCUCGAAGCGUAACUCCGAUGCAAUCUGUGCAGACACCCAGGGCAGAGCGGCCGUUUGCGACGGGGGACAUGUCCAUGUCCCUUACUCUCAGCACGUCGGAGCACAUGCAGCCCCAGGGGCCGUUGGCACAGUUGACGAGGUCAAGUCUAAGCAUCUUCGAAGCUCUAGCACCACCUCUAGAACCCAUCCCGAUCCCACAGCGGCAACCAAACGACGCAGAUCAGGAGCCAGAACGAGGCCGUCUCGGCUCCCCCUUAUUCGGCCCCCAACCCAUCUCCAGUGGAGAAGCAGGAGACGACCAAGAACCAGCAGCCCAACCGCGAAGCUACGGUCCUUCCUCUUCCGCCUCUCUCGCGGCUGCAAUCGGCGCCAUCACCACCCGCAAACGAGGGCAGACAAUCUCCCACUCGCUUCCAGGCCAACAUAGCCGACCAACAACCGGCAGGCUCCAAAGCCCCGUAAGACUCAGUCGGUCCAGCGCGCCUGGCAAACGAAGGAACACACACUCCCAAGGUGGAGAUCACAGGAAGAAAACUGCUCCUGCCCCUGCUCCUGCUCCGGAUUCUGUGUCUGUAGCAUCUGUAGCAGACUCGAUGCCAAAAACGGAAGAGGGAGUCACUACCACUACCAGGGGCAGGAGAUCAACGGAAUUCAGUUCAACCCUAGGCCACCGCUUCGACGAGCUUUUUAUUCCGCGGUCUACUUCCACCGGUACCUCUAUCGAAGUCGCCCCACCCCAACAGCCCGAGUCUCUCGGACUCCCAAGCUCAAUCAGCAUGCCAGCGAUCCUCGGUUUCACUCCCCUCCACGUCACCCAACCACAGCCCCAACCUCAACUAGAAGAGUCGAACGUCCAGCCACCUGCCAGGCUUGGGUCGCCGUUGAGCUUUACCUCGAGCAGCUUCACUGCUAAUCGCCACAGCCAUGUCAGAAGACCGGGACACGGCCAGAGUGUGGAUUUGGGCAUGUUGGGGAGGGGACCAUCUGCUGUGAUGCAGCAGGCUAUGUUGAACCAGGGGCAGACACGUAGUGGGAGGCGGAGUCAGGAAUCGAGGAAGUCGAGUGAACUUCAGGGAUCACGACCAGAGCCGAGUAGGGCGCAUAGCAGUGGGGGGAGUGGCAGUGGAAGUGGAAAUGGAAGUGGCAGUGGCAGUGAGACGACAACGGGGCGAAGCGGAAGGAUGGCCGAUUUGAGGCAGCGGUUGAGGGAGUUUAGUCGACGGAGGGGGGAGGGGGGAAGGAGGAGGUCUGGGAGUCCGUUUUGA